AUGUCAGGAGAUAAAGAAUUAUCUGAGGGCGAUUGUACAAAGAUUUUUCUAAAUACUCUUGGCAUUACUGAAGAAGAUUUACCAAAAUACUAUGACCAUCUCAAAGAUCAUGAUAAAUCAUACCAAUGUCACAAAAAUUUUAAAAAUUCAGCUAUUUCAGUCUUUUGCGAACAGUGCAGCCGAUCUCAGUCGAAUUUAGCAAGAUCAUGUAUUUGUGUUCCCUGCUAUUUAAACUCCAAUCAUAAAGGUCAUAAUGUCUCAUAUUAUGUUACAGAAAAUUUUAUCUGCGAUUGUGGAAAUCCAGUUAAUUGGGAUCCCGAUAACCCAUGCUCAUUGCAUAAAAAGCCCACUACUAAUGAAGACACGUUAACAUUAGAUUCAGAAGAGAGAAGCACUCUCGAGAAAGCGAUCAAGAAUAGUAUUACUAGUACAUGCUGUCCGUUUGAGAUAUUCUCGCAGGUUGUUAAUAUCGGCAGCGGUAUUUCUCAUUUAAUCUCUCAAUCAUUGAUUGAAAUCAUGGAUUUUGAUAAAACAUUCCGAACAUUUGUACACUGGGAGACAGACCAAACAUCCCGAGCUAUCAAUUUCUUUUGUUCUAUGUUAGUUGAGUCAGAUUUUAGUAUUUAUUACGGAGAAGCUUUUCUCGACUACUACCAAGACUUCCUUACAGAUACAAUCAAAGCUGUUGCCAAAGAUUGUCUCUCAAACGAAGUUGCAAAUUACGCGAUAUUAGCACAAACGGCUUUUAGCUUUUUUACGAAGCGAUUCAUAUCGCACUCCAAGAAAUUCCUAGAGCCAGAAAAGUACAAUCUUGUUUCCUGGUUUCAAGAUAAAAUCAAGAUAUUAUUAGAAUGUCGAUUCUUGCCAUUACCCAAAUUUAAAGAAGCCAAUAUACUCAGGGAAACAAUCAACUACAUGGCCGGACUUGUUCAGCUCAUUGCAGAGCAGGACACAACGAAACAUUUACUUACAGAAAUUCUCAACAUCAUUUUUAGUUACAGUUAUGUUCUUGAGAAUGAUUUCACUUUUACAAAAGUACUUCAUGACUACGAUAACGAUGAAACAAUGAUGGGAUUGGUCUUCUAUUAUUUGGGUCUUUUACCUUACUCUGUUUUCAAUUACAUGGGUCAAAAAGAUCUGUUUACAAAAUCCGUUUUAGACGAUUAUUAUUUAUUUUUACAAAACAAGAUAUUACAAGAUGAAUAUCAAGAUGAAGAUUACGGAGGUGUUCUUGACGGAGAAACAGAGAUCACGCCUUGUCUGAGUUUGCAUGCCGCUUUGAGUUAUUUCCUUUGGAAAAAUUUGGAAAACGCCCAAAAUAUUUUGUCAGAAUUUUGCCAAGAGAAAAACAUCGACUUAAAUUACUUUUUAAGGAUGUCAUGCUUAUUAGUUGUAAGACAUUUUGCAACUACUUUGUUGGCAAUGUUAAAUUGUUUUAAAGGAACUUCAGAAUUUUCAAUACGAGCUGUUUUCUUUUCAAUUGUUCCAAUCAAUGUCAACAAUAUUUUGAAGCCAUUGUUUAGAUUGAUACAAAUGUGUUUCGCAAUGACAGAUGAAAAAGGAAAGUUCUUGGAUAUGAUUUGGAAAACUUUUUCACAAAAAAGUGACAUUGCUUACAAAGAACAAAUACAGAAUUCAUUCAUUUAUUUCUUAGAUUGUUUGUUGUUCGACAGAUUGAUAUUUAAGAAUGACGAUUUAACAAUGAGAAGAAUCACGUAUUCAAACAAACUGAAAAUCAUGGGAAGAUGCAAAUUUAAUGACAUAAAAUACCCCGGAAUGUGGAAUGAAGCUCGCUUGGAAAAGGAUUUCUUCGAUUACGCGGUAAUGGAAAAAUCUAACUCUGGUAAUUUCUAUAAAUUGAAAAGUGACAAAUACGUGUCACCUUUUGCAAUUUGGAUUUCAUUGCGAGAUAACUUGAAAUUGCAAUCAAUGAUCAUAAAAGGUGAUAAGUUUUUGACUGCUCCUGAGUUUGAAGAUAUCGGCGGUUACGGUUUUGACAAAGUUUUUGAUGAACCAGUUUUAGAAGAAAUUUUAUCUGAUUUCUUCGUUUCUAACAACGCAACUGCAAUAAAUAUGGGUUUGCCAAUCAUCAAAAAUAUGUCAAAUUUAUCACCUCACUUCACUUCUGUCAUUUGCGGUUCUCCAAUUGGCGAAAAAUUCUUGAUUUUAGAAGGAAAAAUAAAAUCAGAAAACUCUCAAGAAAUUUCAGAGAAACCGCCAAAUUCUAUUCAAAAAUCGAUCAUGUUAAAUUACAUGAAAAAUAACGAACUCGACGAACUCCUCAAAUACGAUGAUGAAGAAGACGAAAAUGAACAUGAAAAGCACCAUCAUCAUGGCCAUGACGAAGAUGAUAUAAAUCAAACAUGCUUUUUAUGUUUAAGCGAUUCCAAGACGAGUAAUUUGUGUUAUCCAGUUUAUUUCACGAAGACAACAGUAUACAGUGAAAUAGAAUACAAGUUAUGUGGUUCAGAACUCAAAGAAAACAAGAAACUUCCACAAUUAGUUAUGUGCCAACAUUUAAUCCAUAGAAUGUGCAUUGAUUCUCAAGUCGAAGUUUGUCCAAUCGACAAGGAUUUGAUUAACGCAGCUUUGCCAAUUAUAAAAGACGUGAAUCAAGUAGAUGAUUCAACAGAAUCUGACAUAAAUGAAUUUGUCAAAAUGGUCUUUUGUAAUAAUGAUGAUCCAGAAAAAAUGUUGGAAAAAAGAUUUGAAAAUAUUUUGAGUCUUUUGUGCCGUCACGUUUCAAUAAGUGAAGUGAGAUAUCGUACCAAUCCAAAGUGUUACAAACAAGAGUCUUUUUACUUGAUUACUGAGAAUUUGUACAAAAUUGCGAAGUUCCUCAAAAAGAAAGACAAUGUUUCGAAAAUUUUCAGCAAUGAUAUCUUCGAAACAAUCGUUUUCGACUAUUUAUUUGAUGACAUAAACUCAAAUGAGUUUACUAAUCUUUUAAAGGAUUUGAAGCCUUUAAGAUUAUUCGUCAUUUUGAGGAGAGUCGAAAUUCUCAAAAACGUAAUUUUGAAAGAAACCGAAACGGUUAAUUUUGAAAAUAUUUUGACAUCAGAAAACUUAAUGCCAAAAUACAAAGUCAACCUUGAAAAUGUUACAUUACAAAAGUAUACAUUGGACUUACCCAAAAACUACAUUGACAUUUUUAGAGACGAAAGAUGUCAAAACGCUUUUGUUUUCGAUGCUUCAUGGUUUAAGAUUUUGCAAAGCGACAAAAUCAUUGAAUACGAAAGUCUUAAGAGUCUUGAGAAACACGAUGAAGCAAAUCCAAUGUUGGUUUUCGCAAUAAAUGAAAGAAUUGCAACAGAAGUUUUCAUCAUUUCUACAAAUCCAAGAGCUUUUCUCGGCCAAAAGAGUGUUUAUUUGAAUGAAUAUGGUGAAGAAAACAUCGGUAUUAAAUCAAAUGGAUUCUUAACAUUGUCUGAAGAGAAAUGCGAUGAAAUAAUUGAUGACUACUUGAGUGGAGAAUGGAUGCACCAGUUAUCAAGAGAACAAAUUCAGGCCGCAAUGGAUAUCUUCAAUUUUGGCGAUUAA